UCGGCAGGCAGGCAGACGGAGUCGCAGGCGGGUGGCGGCGGCGGUGCUUGGUAGUGAGGGCGGGAGGGAGUGAGUCACUGAGCGUGUGUGAGGGAGGGAAGGAGCAAGCGGGCGGAGCAGGCAGCCCGCGCCGCCGUUCGCCCGCAGCACCAGCCAGGCCCCGCCGCCGCCGCAGCCCAGCGCCGAGGCCGGGCCGAGCCGAGCUGGGUCGGGCCCGGGCCAUGCUGCUCACCGUGUACUGUGUGCGGAGGGACCUCUCCGAGGUGACCUUUUCCCUCCAGGUCGACGCCGACUUCGAGCUGCACAACUUCCGCGCGCUGUGCGAGCUCGAGUCCGGCAUCCCCGCAGCCGAGAGCCAGAUUGUCUAUGCUGAAAGACCUCUCACAGACAACCACAGAUCACUGGCUUCCUACGGCUUGAAAGAUGGAGACGUUGUGAUUUUACGACAGAAGGAGAAUGCUGACCCUCGACCUCCAGUGCAGUUCCCAAACUUACCCCGAAUAGACUUCCGUAGUAUAGCCGUGCCUGGCACAUCAGGCUCCCGGCAGCGCCAGCCACCAGGAGCACAGCAGUCCCACUCAUCUCCUGGAGACAUAGCUUCAUCUCCUCAGGGCUUGGACAAUCCAGCCUUGCUCCGAGACAUGUUGCUGGCCAACCCCCAUGAGCUGUCUUUGCUGAAGGAACGCAAUCCGCCCCUGGCAGAUGCUCUGCUCAGUGGAGACCUUGAGAAAUUUUCUAGGGUCCUGGUGGAGCAGCAGCAGGACCGAGCCCGGAGAGAGCAAGAAAGGAUUCGUCUCUUUUCUGCUGACCCUUUUGAUCUUGAAGCUCAGGCAAAAAUAGAAGAAGAUAUAAGGCAACAGAACAUUGAGGAAAACAUGACAAUAGCUAUGGAAGAAGCUCCUGAAAGUUUUGGCCAAGUAGUGAUGCUUUAUAUUAACUGCAAAGUGAAUGGACAUCCUGUGAAAGCUUUUGUUGACUCAGGUGCCCAGAUGACUAUUAUGAGCCAAGCUUGUGCAGAAAGGUGUAAUAUAAUGAGGCUGGUGGACCGUCGGUGGGCAGGGAUCGCCAAAGGAGUGGGCACCCAGAAGAUUAUUGGAAGGGUACAUCUAGCUCAGGUUCAGAUUGAAGGCGAUUUCCUGGCGUGUUCCUUCUCCAUCCUGGAGGAGCAGCCCAUGGACAUGCUUCUGGGACUGGACAUGCUGAAGCGGCAUCAGUGUUCCAUUGACCUCAAGAAAAAUGUACUCGUGAUCGGCACCACAGGCUCUCAGACCACCUUCCUUCCUGAGGGGGAGUUACCAGAGUGUGCCCGAUUGGCAUAUGGGGCGGGGCGAGAGGACGUGCGGCCAGAGGAGAUUGCAGACCAAGAAUUAGCAGAAGCUCUUCAAAAAUCCGUAGAGGAUGCAGAGAAAAGCGGUAAAGAAACUACCUCACUGGGAAUGUCAUCAUUACCAACUUCAGAUGGAUUUAACCAUCCAGCCCAUCCUUCAGGACAGAGUCCUGAGAUUGGUAAUCCUAUGAGUCUUGCUCACUCUGUCUCUGCUUCAGUCUGCCCUGUCAAGCCCAGUGACCCCGACAGCAUCGAACCUAAAGCUGUGAAGGCUUCAGCUGAAUUCCAGAUAACCUCCAGAAAGAAAGAACAUCUUCCUUUGCAGGACCUUUCUGAUAGUGCUUCUUCAGCAGGCAGUGCUCCAGCAGACCAGAGUCCAGCCAUGCCUUUGCAGAAUUCCUCCGAAGAAGCCAUCGUUGCUGAUAACAUGGAGAAACCUGCUGAAAGAAGCACCCAGGGCCUCAGAUCUCAUCUCCACACAAGACAGCAAACCAGUGUAUCUGUCACAACUACCAGGGUGCAAGAACCACCGGGGUUUCUGGGUGAAAAGGGGUGGCAUCCAGAAAAUCAGAAUCUGCGUCAGGUGAAUGGCCUUCAGCAGCACAAAGAACCAGGGGAUGAACAGCACGGGGUUGGACAGCAGAAUGCUCUAAAUGACCAAGAACAUCUCUGUAACACAGAGGACUUGGAACUUCUUGGAGAAAGGCAACAGAAUCAACAAAGAAGUGUUGAUUUGGAAACAACAGUGAAAGAAGAUGGACUACAACAGAAUGUGGACCUUCCAGGUACAGAGGAAAAUAUUCUACCUUCAGGAUGCUUUGGCUGCUCAAAUUCAGAAACACUUAUGGAAGUAGAUACAGUCGAAGAGUCCCCAGUUGCUGUGCUUAAUUCAGCAGCCAGCCAGCAUGCCAGUGUCAAGAACAUUAGCGCAUCUGCUCGCACCUUAGAGAAUCCCUUGAUGGAAGUAGAAACAUCAAAAUGUAACCCUUCGUCUGAAAUUUUGAGUAAUUCAGUUUGCACUCAGGAUUUACAGCUCCCAGACAGUAAUGUUGAAAUGUCUGGAACAAGUAAAGAAGAUGGGGAUUGCUCCCCCUCUUUAAAUCUUUGUGGCAGUUCUCAGCCCUCCGUGGAGUUCGCAGAGGAAUCUGGCUCGUCUCUAACAGCAGCCUUGAAGGAGCUCCAUGAACUUCUGGUCAGUAGUAGUAAACCAGCUUCCGAAAAUACAUCUGGGGAAGUUAUCUGUGAGUCCGAAAUGGUAACUGAGGGCCAAACAGUUACUAAGGACCUUUCUGAAAGAUGGACCCGAAGUGAGCAUCUUACAGCUACCCAGAAUGAAGAGCGUUCACAAGUCACCUUUCAUCAGACCAUAUCAGUAUCGGUGAGGGCAGAGAAGUUAACAGACACUUCAAAUGGUGCUGGAGUAGACGCAGUAGAAAAUAGUACUGUUAGGGAUCCGGGCGAUGGCCCAGUAACGGAUAAGGAAAGUGUCCCCGAGCCUAGGGAAUCCGGAAAGGAGAGCAGCUCUGCCACUCUAGCCUCAGCUAAAACGUCUAACCAGUCACACUGCACCUUAGGUGUAGACAUUCCACCCAAACUCUUAGCAGGUAAGGAGGAUGCAGUCAGUCACGCUUCUGAGCAGACGAAGUCCUUGUCCAAUUUCAUACUGGUUCAAGAUUUGGGUCAGGGCACACAGAAGCCAGUGCCAGACAGGCCUGAGACCAGAGAAGAUGUCUGUCCUGAAGCCGCAGGGCCACCUCUUGAAUUUGAACCACCUCCCAGCCAGCCAUCAUCAAAUCCCUCCAUUCUUUCACCAUUAAUUUUUCCCGCUGCAGACAUUGACCGCAUUCUCCGUGCCGGCUUCACUUUGCAGGAAGCUCUUGGGGCUUUGCAUCGAGUUGGUGGAAAUGCAGACCUUGCACUUCUUGUUUUGCUAGCAAAGAACAUUGUAGUUCCUACAUAACCAUGGAAAAGGGGGCUAGACCAUACUCCAUUCCUUAAAAAAAAGCUAUACACACACACACGCGCGCACGUGCGUGCACGUGCACACACACACACACACACACACACUCACCACAUAUACAGUAUAUGUAGAAACCUGCAAGCAGAAUGUUGAGCCAGAUUUUUUUUUAAAGAUUUUUUUCGGCCAAAGUAAUUUAUCUCUUGUCUGAUGAAUUUGUCUAUUCUCUUUGUUAAAAUUUGGGCCUUUUUAAAUGUAUUGGCAGUAUGUGCAUACAAAAGCUUUUUAUUAUCAUUAAGAUGAUGUAUUCUGGAAUAAAAUCAUUGGUUUUCUGUAUAGCAUACCAUUUUAGAAUGAGAGUGAAUGCUUUAAAAAGCAGAAGCCAUGAGAAUUCCCCACCACCCAUGCAGCUAAAAGCCGAUCAGCUUCCCAUCUUGGCUGUGUCUGUGCUGUAGGCAAGGUAUGGCUUGUUGGCUCAGUUGUCCAUUUACAAACUGGAUGACAUGGUUUGGUGUUUGGAAUUACACUUAGUGCUCUGUGUAUUGAUGAUUCGUCAGUUACAACAGGAAAUUGAAGAAUAAUUGAAUAAUAUCUCCUAGAGUGGUAUGUUUUUAUUUGUGUGGUUAGGAUUUGACCUUUUUAUGGGAUGAGGUGGGAGGGUUUAGAGCUUGGGCUGUUUUGUGCAUCAUAGGCUGCUGCAUGGAUUGCCAAGUACUUGGGGUGGGACACUGGUGGGGAGGGCGGGGGAGUCACCAUCAGAGUGAAACAUGGUGCUACCCAGAUAGAAAAGGAAAGAGUCUGUAAUUCCAUUUGCAAAUGUCUUGGUGAUGUUUCAAGAACUAGGAGUGAAAAAUGGCCGAAACACUGGAAUUGACUAGAGAGUGGGUUUGCUAGCAUCUUAUUGAUCACACCUCAACCCUUAGUGAUUAAUGACGAACUUAAAGAUCUGCUAAUGGGUCGAUCGCCAGCAGUUUAUUUCCUUUUGAAGCUCAUCUGCUAGGAACUUCUUCUAAAGCUCAGGUUGAGCUGGGAUCUGAGUGAAAUAUUGUGAAGUGGGAUAACCUUGUCACUGGUUCAUCUUGGUGCUUGGAAUGGUCAGUCUCUUUUUGGCACCGGAAAUAGUAACUGCAGUGUCUGACUCAAGUGGCCUUGGUAGAGAUUUCCAUCCCUUUCUUUCCUCAGGAGUUUCUUUUUUAAAGCAAGAUGCAUCAUAGUUGUGUUUACCAUGUCACGGUAGAGUGGGGCGUAGUAUAUAGAUGUAUUUAUUGUGGCCUUUUUUUAUAUGAGGACUAGCCCUUGGAAACCAUUGUCCUAUGGGCCCCACUGUGCAAUAAUCCUACUGGAUAGAUUUUAGGUAGUUUUUCCUGGAAAAUAAAAACUCUCUUACGUACCUAGCAGGAAUCCGAAAUCUUGGUUUUAUUGAAAAGAAUUUUGAGAGUGACUCCCGAUUCCAAGUUCUGGUUCGCAGUGUAUUUGAAACAGAUGUUUUGAAAGGGUGAUUCGUGAACUUAGUGUUAAAUGAUUUUGUCUGAAGUUUUACUCUCUUUGGAAGCUUAUUCUUUCCAUCAAAAUUCGAGUCAUUGAGCACAAUCAAAAUGGAGGCUCAUAUCUCAGGAGUUUUUGAAAUUUUAAUUUGGGGGCACUUAGAGAUGUUUCUCUUCUACCCUGUUCCAUCUUCUUUUCCUUUUGCUGUGAUGUUUGUAUGUGUGUUAGGAGACUUUAGUGAUGUGAUGGAAAGUCACAUAGAUUCAUCAUGAUCUCUGAAGUUAAGAGAUGGUUGAUGGAAGGAGUUGUGGUUUACUGUUUUCAAGAGGGCGCUCGGAACAGCGGGUCAGCCAGGUUGUCUUUAAGAUGUUCUUUUAGACAGUCACAUGUUGCAGAUCCUUUUGCCUGCCCCACACCAAAGAUGUAAGAUGCACUAGAAAAUUGCAUAUAGGAUUUCUGUCAACCGACUCUUAGAGCUGUGAUUGUAAUUAAGUAGUUGGUGCUAUGAUUGAAGCAAAAUCUAGUAGCAAUGCAAUGGCCCCUGUAUUUGCUUUAUGGGUAGUAAUUGGGAAUUUAUUCUAAGCUUAUAAAUCUUUAGGGUCACGAAGUGGGGUUGAUGUGAGGUGGGGGAAGUGAUCAAUGACAACAGACUCUUCCAGAAAGGCCUCUGCGUGAAGAUGGGCUUCAUAGACUUCUGUCUGGGCAGUGGCACACUGCUCAGAGGCUUGGCCGCUCAAAUUUCACAGUGCAGAGAUUUGGGAAUCAAUCCCAGGUGGAAUAUAGAAUAUCAGGCCGGAAAAGCUUUUAUUAUAAUAGCUUUUUACAUAUGUAUAUUUAUUUUUAGGAGAAAAUCGAAUAGGCCUAUAGUUGUACAUGUAUUCUUGUUAGGAGUGCUUUGAAUGAAUGAGCUGAACCCACUUGCCAAAUAUCCUUGGCCUUUUUCAUCAUUUAUUUUUCAGUGUAUAAUUGCUUUCAGUUUUUAAAACCUUAUUUCCCGUUCCAUCAUUUGUAUGAAAGUGAAGUUGUUGACAUUGUUAGGAUUUUGAAUCAUUUUUAAAUUUUGCAGUUCUUAAAACACAAAGGGAAUUAAGGAACAUGACAUCAGUGAACUUUCAUUGUCAGUUUUAUUGAAAGUGCAGAAAUUCGGGGUGCCUGGCUUCCUCAGUCGGAAGAAUAUGCGACUCGAUCUCAGGGUUGUGAGUUCGAGCCUCACAUUGGGUGUAGAGAUUACUUAAAAAAAAAAAGUUAAACCUUUUUUUAAAAAGUGAAGAAAUUCAAGAUAAUUUCUCUUAAGAUAAAAUUAUUGUGAACUCCUCCAGUUGCCAACAAAACUGAUACUGGUCAGCCAUAAACGAUAAUGGGCCACUUUACUGGACAGCUUCUUUGCCACAACCAGUAAUGGACGGUUCUGUGGUCAGCGCUCACCUCCAAGGGUGGUCUCUGUUUAUUCACCAGAGAGGAGAAGAUUAUCCUGUAUGACUUCUGCAGUUUUUACCCUAAGUCGAUUCACAUGUGUAGCAAUGUGCUUGGUGACCAGGCAGCUAUGCCUAGGCUAUAGAUUUUGCCCAUCGGAGCUGAUAAGAAUGAUUUCCACCUGUACCUGUUUAGGCCUCCAGACAUCAGCCAGUAGCCUUCAUCCCACAGUUUGGACCUUAGCCAUUAACAUAUAAAGAUAACCAGUUUCUUGGCAAAGAGAAUGGGGUAGAUGGUGGGUGGGUGUUAAAACUGUUCUGCCUUGGAGCCUAUGAAACCUCCCAGAGCUCCUUGUCUCCAUAUGUACUAAAGGAAGACACAACCCAUGUGUUUCUUCCCAAAGCAUUUCUCCAGCAAGAGAGGGUUGCAUAAAAACGGAAAGAUGUAUGAGACUCUGUGUCACCAAUUUUAUGAUAACUAGUUAAAAUGGAAUCUUAUUCUUCCCUUAGCACAGCUUUCUAUCUCUAGUAAAAGCCAUAAAAACUUAGUUGGUUUAACCAUCAGUUCAUGUGUAUAUAGACAUGUGUGGUUGACAAAUAUCCUAGUUAAUUUUACAUAGACUGAAAAGCAAACAAUUUUUGUAUCUACAGAUAUAUUCUUCACUUACAGUGGCUUUUAUCCCACCAUGUGUAUAAAAACAGCCUUGCAAAUAACUGGCCAGGAAAGUUACAGUACAUUCUGACUUCCUUUUCCUACCUGUUUGCCACCUGUAAUGAGAGCAAACAGGAUCGUUGAACUGCAAUGGAUUUCAAACUUGUCAUCACUGGUAACAUAUCCUAAGAGAAGCUAAUUAGAUCAUGCCUUCCUCCAUUCUCUAGCACAAAUACCAAAAAGCCAAAUUUCUCCUUUGAAUUUGGUGACUUAGUAUAGUCUGUGGCUGAACUAGAAAGAAAGAAGUUAUUAGGAGUUUCCCUUCCCAGAAGAUGGAAUGUUAACUUUUGUGUUACGAGUUCCAUAAAAUAAAAAUAGCUUUUUUUCUGAAAGAGUAAAAACUCCAGUUCCUCUUAACAACAAAGUAAAUUUGAAGUGUUUCCUUGAGAACUAGAAAUGUAAAAUCAUGGCUUAAGUUCUAUACCUUAGAGGCCUCUCAGUGUUUGUGAGGUGUUCCGAGGAGUUCAUUGAAUAAAUAAUUUAGGGGUAAACCUUUGAUGUACUUGAUUUUUCUCUUGUGCCUUAGUUUCUCCAAAUAGCAGAAGCAUCACAUUUUGGUGGGAAAUAAAAGUGGAAGUAUCGGGCAAGUUUGAAAAUGGCCUUCCUAGAGAUAGAGGCCAUGGAUGGAGCAGUCCUGAGACUCACCCUUGUUGUUAUUUCAGAAUUAUCCUGCACCAAAUCUCUAGACUUCCCUAGAUAGAAGAAUUACAAUAGGGCUUUUUGCAUUGGGAGUACCAAAAAAUGGUUUCUAGAUGUUUAUUAUGUUCUUUGUUGCACUAUCUGUAUUGUGGUGGUUAAGACAGAGUUCGAGAAAAUGUAUGUGGUACUGUUGAAGGCUGUACAGUGUGAGUCUUUGAAUAAGAUUUCAUUGAUUCAUGGGGCGCCUGGCUGGCUCAGUCGUUAGAACAUGCAACUCUUGAUCUCGGGAUUGUGAGUUGGAACCCCAUAUUGGGGGUAGAGUUUACUUUAAAAAAAAAGUGUAUUGAUUUUUUCAUCAAACAUUAAGUGCCUGUGUGCCCAGUACUGGGGAGCACUGGGGAUACAGGGGUGACUAAAUCAGAUUGGAAGCCUGCCCUCGUGAAGUUCUGUCUACUAAGGAGACAUGAAAUAAAUUUUAGCUUUAAGAGCAAGAUCUGUUUUUGCCUGUGAGCAUGGUUUUAUUUUCAAAGUCAUAUUGGAGUGAUUUGGUUCAAAUUCAGAGGAGACUGGGAAAAUCAGGCUCAAAGUGGAAUUAGAUGCUGUGAGCCUCAAACUGCUCUAAAAAGUUUGUAUUAUUUUUUAAUAGAGUCAGAAGCCAACAAAAACUAUUCUCGCAUUUGAUAGAAGUACUUGAAGAGAUCAGCAUAAAUGCUCCCGGGGGACAGGGGGAAAUGGGCAGGAUAGAAGCGCAAGUAAUUACGGGAGACGACCCCAAAGACGCACCAGUGACAGUCAGCUCUUCUCCCAGCAGGACACCCUUCCAACAGGGUAGAGAUGUGGAGUGUGCUAUGGCAUCCUCCCCGCUGCCCGUUUGAGCACGGCUGCUCCGGAAUACUGACCAUCUGGGCCAACAGGACGGAGCAGACGAUCUGCAGGAGUUGCUGUUUUAAAGCAGCUAAGUGCAAGACGUGGAAAUGGGAAUCUAGAGCAGAAAGUGCAGCAAGUGAUGGGGCCGGAUGGUGGGCAGGAUGACUUACAAGAGGAUACAAGCUCUACCAAAUCUUUGACAGGAUAGCUCCGUCAAAAGGACGUUCUUCGACCCAUUAUUUAAAAUGUCAUCAUGUAUGUUGUAAUCCUGAGGCAUACAGGUAGAAUCUGGACCUGAGUACUAGUGACUUCGAGGCUUACGGUUAGAAAACUCAGAAGUUGUAUAUUGGUGACUGGUAAUCUAGACCCUCUGGGGGCUAUAAAAGGUGAGAGGGAUAUAGCUGGUAAGUUUCAGGGCACACUCUUAAGGAGUGAAAUCUAAGAGAAAAUGGUUCAAGGGUGUAGGAGUUAGAGAAUGUUUCUUUUACCUAAAAAAGUUAGGCAGAUGACAGAAGACCUGGGGUGGGGGCGUAGAACACAAAAUUAGAAUUUUUACAGAACUGUAUUUCUUUAAACACGUACCCUAAGAGGGUUCUCAUUUAGCCGACGUCGGGAAGGGGCAUGCUGGCUAUUUUUCCCUGGGAGAAUCCAUGUCUGAUGGGAAACAAUUUUGUUUACCAGGAGCUUGCUUUACACACAGUGUUGAAUGAAUGCAUCUGUGGCUUAAAGGAAGGAGACCUCUCUCCAUCUCCUACCAGAGGCAGUCAGAUCAGCCAGUUGGUUUCCAGAUUCCUUCAACCUGAGAUUACCUGACGCUGACCAGACUUCUCUUUCUUUCCCUGAAGGCCCCACAGCUUUCUGAGUUUAAGCCUCCUGUCUGAGACCUUUCUCUCUGAAUGAUUAUAUUCCAUUCUCUAUUCUCUCGAUCAUCCUUUUGAAAUAGUGAUGCACUCAGAGCAGUUCAACAUACUGAUUUUAUUGCUUUCUUCACUGUGCACCAACAAUGAAAAUUGAUUUGCUUGUUUUUAUUCAAAAUCUCGUCUUCAUGGCAAGUUGGGCUAAUGGCCUUCGCUCUUAUGUAAGGUUUGUUCAGUUUUGCAGCCAUUUUGGCAAAUCUUAGCAAAUAGAAACCCUUCUUUUCCCUUUUGUUCUUGCAAUUGCUCAUGUAUUGCUUUUCUGACUUUUCUUUAAGCUUUGAGACUACUGCAUCUUUAAAAACUAGGCGGAUUGGCAAAAUAGGCUUGCCAAAAGCUUAGUCACUCCCAUAGUGCUUUGGUUUUGAGAGUUGGGAAAACUCUGAGAACUUAAGAGAACCAAACUCAGGAAUCCCACAGUUGGCUGCACUGUGCCCUUGUUUAGGGGCUGGACAUAGGACCUGUCUGCAGCUGAGUGAACUAGAUGCAUUUGGAUUUGAGUUUUUGUCACAUACUGAAAUGUUAAGUCAGCCCUAAAUAAUCGAAACACUUUAUUUUUCUUUUUUUAAUAGGAACUUUCUGAAGAAAAAGUGAUGUGUAAAACAUUUGAUAUUUAAGACAAUAAAGUUUUUAUCAUAAGA